AUGCAGUAACAACAGUAGAGUAAAAUAAAAUUAGGGUAUUGGGACGUUAGAGGAAGAGGUGAGCCUAUUAGAUUACUUCUAAAUUACUUAAAGCUAGAAUAUGAAGAUGAAAUAUACCCUUUGAGUGAUAGGGAAAAAUGGUUCAAUUUCAAAAGAAACUCCUAAGAAUUAUUUAUAAAUCUGCCAUAUGUUUAGAUUGAAAGUAAGGAGACAUAAAGUUAAUCAAUUUAUGUUGAGAGCGAUAGUAUUAGCAUUUUUAUUUGUUAAAAUUUUGGAGGAGAGCAAUUACUAGGCAAAGAUUUAGUUUUACUUAGUAAAAUGAGAGGAGUAACUGAAGAUGUUAAGCUUUAUUUAAGCAGAUAUGCUUAUCACAAUGAUUUUGCUGAAGCAGAUCAGCUCUUCCUCUAAAAAAGACUUUAACCAAUUCUCUUAAGGUUAAACACUUAUCUUUAAAAUUAUAAAUAUUUAUUAGGAAGCAACAUUUCUUAUCUAGAUUUUGUUCUUUAUGAGUCAUUGAAGACAUUAGAAAAAAUAAAAAAGGAGUAUUUACAAUCUCAUACAUAUCUAGUAUAAUACAUAAAAAAUAUUGAAAAUAUUCCUUAGAUUAAAGCCUAUCUUUCUUCUGAAAGAUUUCACAAAGAUUUUUUAUUUUAUGGAGAUCCUUCUCCUAUUUGA